AUGAACCGCUCCAUCCAACGAUCCUUCCAGCACUUCCGACACCUAGUGCACGAACACAGGAAUAAGUGCAGCAGACUACUCGCAAAUCUAUUGAAGCAACGUAGGACACAUCUCUACAUUAACAAAAUUAAAGACCUGUCCCAGCGGAUGCACCACCUUCCAGACCAGAUCACCACCACAUUCCUUAACUACUACCGAGACUUAUACAACAUACGGAAAGAGGAACAAGACACCGCAGAAACCCGCGGUCACAAUACCAUACUAACCGACAGGGCUACGCCAACUAACCGACCCGGACCGCGAACUGUUGGACGUACCCAUUGCCCCAGAGGAAAUUUUGAUCGCUUUCAAAAAAGCGCAGACGGGCAAGUCGCCAGGACCAGACGGCCUGCCGUUACAAUACUAUAA